AAGGCAAAUUUAUCAAUUCACCAUGCAAGUAUCCAUUAGUUUGUUUUUUUCAAUUUAAUUUAAUUUAAUUUUAAUGUUAAUUUCUGAAUGAAAUAAUCCCUUGCAACGGUUAAAUUAAGAGGACACGGCGCGAAUAACUUUUCUUUUCUUCUUCUUCUUCUUCUUUUGUUCUUCCAUGAAAGUGAAAGCACCACCAUUCAGGGCAUAUCAACUCAAAACCCUACAUGGAGCCUCUUCACGUCAAACUCUCCAGACCUGCAUCGAUGCCAGAAUCGUUAAAACGGGUUUCGACCCCAUCACGAGCCGCUUCAAUUUCAUGAUCAAGGAUCUUUCCGAAAGAGGGCAGUUAUGCCAAGCACGCCAAUUGCUUGAUCAAAUGCCUAACAGAAACUCAUUCUCUAUAGACAUUAUUAUUUCUGGAUACGUCAAAUCGGGCAAUCUUACAGUUGCUAGAAGAAUUUUUGACGAUACGGACGAACGCACUGUAGUCGCAUGGACAACUAUGAUUGGUGCGUAUUCGAAGAGUAAUCGUUUUGGAGAUGCGUUUAAGCUUUUUGCCGAUAUGCAUAGGUCCGGUUCUCAGCCUGAUUAUGUCACCUAUAUAACUCUUUUAACUGGGUGCAAUGACCUCGAAGUGGCCAAAGAAUUAUAUCAGGCUCAUGCCCAGAUUGUCAAAUUUGGUCACCAUCUGAACCAUAGAGUUUGCAAUACAUUGCUUGAUUCUUAUUAUAAAACAGGUGGCCUAGAUUCAGCUCGUCGGCUCUUUUUGGAAAUGUGUGGAUGGGAUUCUGUUUCUUUUAAUGUGAUGAUAACAGGGUAUGCAAACAAUGGGUUGAAUGAAGAAGCGAUUGAGCUUUUUGUGGAAAUGCAAAAUUUAGGUUUCAAGCCUUCCGAUUUUACUUUUGCAGCAGUUAUAAGUGCCAGUGUAGGGUUAGAUGACACAGCAUUUGGGCAACAAAUCCAUGGUUUUGUUGUGAAGACCAGUUUUAUUAGGAAUGUGUUUGUGGGGAAUGCGUUCCUUGAUUUUUACUCAAAACAUGAUUGUGUGAAUGAAGUGAGGAAGCUUUUUAAUGAGAUGCCGGAUUUGGAUGGUGUUUCUUACAACGUGAUCAUCACAGCAUAUGCUUGGGUCGGAAAAGUAAAAGAAUCAAUUGAUCUUUUUCAGGAACUUCAGUUUACAACUUUUGAUCGCAAGAAUUUCCCUUUUCCAACCAUGUUAAGCAUAGCUGCAAGUUCAUUAGAUUUUCAAAUGGGUCGGCAACUUCAUGCCCAGGUCGUUGUUUCAAUGGCUGAUCCAGAUUUUCGUGUUUCAAAUUCUUUGGUUGACAUGUAUGCUAAGUGUGGCAAAUUUGAGGAAGCUGACAGGAUAUUUUUGAGACUGAGCAGUAGAAGCACGGUUCCAUGGACAGCCAUGAUUUCAGCUAAUGUUCAGAGAGGACUCCAUGAAAAUGGCCUGAAACUGUUUUAUGAGAUGCGCAGAGCUAAUGUAAGUGCUGACCAGGCUACUUUUGCCUGUGUCUUAAAAGCCUCUGCUAAUCUGGCUUCAAUUUUACUGGGGAAACAGUUACAUUCUUGCGUAAUCAGAUCAGGUUUCAUGAAUGUUUAUUCAGGAUGUGCGCUGGUGGACAUGUAUGCAAACUGUGCCUCUAUUAAAGAUGCAAUUAAAACUUUUGAAGAAAUGUCAGAAAGGAACGUAGUUACUUGGAACGCUUUAUUGUCGGCAUAUGCUCAAAAUGGAGAUGGCAAGGGCACACUUAAAUCUUUCGAAGAGAUGAUUAUGUCAGGUUAUCAACCUGAUUCAGUUAGCUUCCUGUGCAUUUUAACUGCUUGCAGCCACUGCAGAUUAGUUGAAGAAGGAUUGAAAUACUUCAAUGACAUGACUGGUGUCUAUAAUCUAGCUCCUAAGAGAGAACACUACACAGCCAUGGUCGAUGCGUUGUGUCGGAGUGGACGAUUUGAUGAAGCAGAGAAGCUCAUGGGUCAGAUGCCAUUUCAACCGGAUGAGAUUGUGUGGACAUCUGUUUUGAACUCGUGUAGGAUUCAUAAGAACUACGCGCUGGCUAGAAAAGCAGCUGGUCAACUUUUUAAUAUGAAGGUGCUUAGAGAUGCUGCCCCUUAUGUCACCAUGUCCAAUAUCUUUGCAGAAGCUGGUCAAUGGGACAGUGUAGUUAAAGUGAAGAAGGCAAUGAGGGAUCGAGGAGUCCGUAAGCUUCCCGCAUAUAGUUGGGUUGAAAUUAAACAUAAGGUCCAUGUUUUUUCUGCAAAUGAUGACAAACACCCACAGCAGUUGGAAAUCCUACGAAAGAUUGAAAUGUUGGCAGAGCAAAUGGAAAAGGAAGGGUACGAUCCUGAUAUCAGUUGUGCCCACCAGAACGUGGAUAAAGAAAGCAAAAUUGACUCUCUUAAAUAUCACAGUGAACGCUUAGCAAUAGCAUUCGCACUAAUCAAUACUCCAGAGGGAUCACCAAUCCUAGUGAUGAAGAACUUGCGAGCUUGUACAGACUGCCAUGCUGCGAUCAAGGUGAUCUCAAAAAUCGUUGGAAGGGAAAUUACAGUCAGGGAUUCAAACAGGUUCCAUCAUUUUAGAGAUGGAUCUUGCUCUUGCGGGGAUUAUUGGUGAAUGCUGAGAGCGUAAACUUUGGGAGGCACCACUUUCCUUUCCCCAAGAUUGCACGAGCAAUGUUAUAGCUGAAGAGUGAACAGAUUCUUCUGGAAGGUGCAACUCUUGGCAAAAAAUCCUUCUCUAUCGCGUUGCUUUUUACCAAUCCUUGCAGCCUCUCUUGAGAAAGAAGAAAUGGAUUAUACAUACGAACACAGGAUUUGCUAUCUAUUACGUUGUAUUGAAGAAAGUCAGCAUUCAGAAAGGACCGACAACCUGACCUGAUGUCGUGACGACAACUGAUGUUGCCGGCCUAUUUUUUGGCAAUCACAGGGCCACUAGGCCCAGGUGCACAAUCAACGGGAAAUUGGGAACCGACCCCAUUGAAACCCACCGAGUUUGCCAACCAAGAAUCGGCCUUCCUGCAUAAUUGUGCUUGAUGCUGCCUUCUCACUCACUCUCUUAUCAUGUAAUGUUGUUAAACCAGAAAAACGCCAGCACGGGUUCGAACCUCGCCAUCUUUUACACUCACUCUCUUUUCAUGGACUGGAAACAUUGUUAAUUCAAUUGUAUACAGAAUUCUGUCA